AUGGUGGAUCGCUUAACUAAUGAGGAGCUUAACUCGCUUACGAUCACCGCUAUUGAGUCAGUGGCAACACAAAGCUCCAAGAUUUGGCUGGACAUUACUAAUUUGAACUCGCUGAUCUUUGAGACGUACCCGGAAGUACUUGAACACGAGUACCACAUCGGGAAUCAUUAUACUAACGCUCACGCCACCUAUGCAAUCUUGGAGACCCGCAUAGCCACCCACAAAGACGUCAUUCAGCAGGAGAUUGAUGCCAGAGAAGCCGCACAAACACAACAAAACCUGGCUAUGCAUAGCACCGCCUUCAUGGGAGGCUCAUCGGGUACUGGACUCCCAAAAAUUAUGCUCCAGAGCUUCUCUGGAGACUUUAAGCGCUGGGGAUCAUUUAGUCAGCUCUUCUCCGAUAUUGUUAUUGACAAUGCACUUCUGAAAAACAGCCAGAGGAUGCAUUAUUUGAAGACAUUCACCAAAGAUGAAGCACACCAGCUUAUUGGUAACAUGUCAUCCACUGAUGAGUCAUUUGAGCCCGCAUGGAACCUUUUGAAAAGCUGCUAUUCCAAUCCUCGCCGCGUUGUAUCAUCACAUCUUGAAGACCUGCUGGUUGGUGAGUCUGUUCCCGCUAGAUCAGCCGCUAAAUUGGAUUCCUUGUUACUAUCCAACCAAAAGGCUCUGGAUUCCAUCAAGGCCCAAGGAGUUCCAGUAGAUCACUGGGACCUGAUAAUCAUACACCUGACGCUACGCCGCUUGCCGCCCGCCGUUAGAGAAGAUUGGGAGACCAGCCUGGGUCUUACUGAUAACAUGCCGACUUACGUUCAGCUCCACGAGUUUCUCAAGUCCAAAGUCAGGGCUUGGGAGAACUUGGAACCCGCUUCGGAACCCAAGAAGCAAUCUAAAGGUCAUAAAUCCGGAGGCUCACGCAGUAAUAAACAUCAGAAGACAACAUCCUCUCACACCGCUAUUCAAUACAAAGAAAAGCCCAGAAGAAAUUGCCCGCUGUGCCCUGAGGAACAUUACAUGUUGUUCUGUCCAAUCUUUAAGGCCGCUACUUUGGAGGAACGAAUCGACAUUGUCGAAAAAUACCGCCUGUGUUACAAUUGCUUGGGCCCGCAUCGCGUCGCUGAUUGUAAGACCGCUCAAGGAUGCAGGAAGUGCAGUCAACGUCAUCAUACUUCCAUCCAUUGA